CUGCUGCUGCGCGGCCGCUCGCCUCCUCCCCCCCUCCCCCCCUCCCUCACUCCCUCGCUGGCUGCGGCCUGCAAGUGGAAGCAGAGACACAGAGAGAGAGACACAGACACAGAUAGAGGUGGAGCAGCAGCAGCAGCAGCAGCAGCAGCGUCAGGCGCGGGCGGGCGGACAAGACAAGAUGCCGGCGGUGGUGAUGGCGACCGGGAAAUCUGUGGGUUUCAGCAAACUCCUGGAGCAAUGCGAGACCCAGGAGCUGGAUGCUCCUGGUGGAAUAGCAACGCCUCAGGUUUAUGCCCAACUGCUUGCUUUAUAUCUCCUGCACAAUGACAUGAAUACAGCAAGAUAUCUCUGGAAGAGAAUACCCCAAGCCAUCAAAACUGCUAAUCCUGAGCUCGGAGCAAUAUGGUCCGUGGGGCAGCGUGUCUGGCAAAGAGAUUUCCCGGGAAUUUACACAGUAAUUAGCUCGCAUCAAUGGUCUGAUACCAUCCAGCCUAUAAUGGAGGAACUAAGAGAUGCUACAAGACGACGCGCCUUUGGCCUUGUUGCUCAAGCCUACACCUCUAUUAGUGCCGAUGAUCUUGCAGCCUUUGUUGGGCUUCCGGUAGAAGAUGCUGUCAAAGCCGUAUUGGAACAAGGGUGGCAGGCUGAUCCUUCCACACGAAUGGUUGUACCCAAAAGAAAUGAACCUCCUCCAGUACCACAGAUUCCUAAUGAACAACAGUUGGCCAGACUAACUGACUACGUGGCCUUCCUUGAGAACUGACAAAUUACCCUCAACAAAGGAGAGAAAACCCAGCCAUUUCAGUUUGUUACUUUUGAGUGUGACACAGAUGAGCAGAAAUCUCCAGCAGACUUUAACUUAAUCCCGAAUGUUCUUGUAAAUAUCAUUAAAUGUCAUUAAAUAAAAAGUUGUCCCGGCAAUAUCUAGUCUUCUCCACAAAGUUAAGAUUUUUAUUCUUGGAAUCCUACUGACGGGACCUUUAGAAAUGUCCACCCACAAUAUGGAUUCUGCAGCUUCCUCCUCUGCUUUCAGUUGAUCCCAAUGAAUUGGAGUGUUUAUUCGUAAGAAAACAAAGGUCAGCGGAACGCAUUUCGUGCCAGAUCCGCAGCUCUGGAGAAACCAGGGCUUAUUUUCAUUAUGUGCAUGAUUAAUAAGCUAUAAUAAAACUAAACGAGAGUA